GGCAAAAAUAUUAAAGAAGGAGAUGAAUGGAAAGGAAACAAAAGUAAAGGCUUCUCACUCCUCUUGUAAACAACAGCUUUGCAUCUAAAGCUUUCUCUUCUCUCACCAUAGAAGCAAAGAAAGCAAGUCGGCCUUCAAAGAUAGUAGAAAGGAUGAAAGGAAAAUAGAAAUAGAGAGAGAGAGAGACAAAGAAAGAGAAGGGAAGAUUUAGGGUUUUCAGUAAUGAAUAGAGGUGUUUUUGAGAGUUCUUUGGUGCAGCAGAUGAUGGGAGGGUGUAGUCCUGCUUGUUGGAGCAUGAGCAAUUUGAGAAGAACUUCUGAAGAUGAGCUCUCUAAUUCUAUUCCUAUGAUGAGCUCUUGGUGUGAAGAUCAUGAGGUCCCACAAUCAUGGAGUCAACUUCUCAUAGGAGGAAUAGCUGCUCAAGAGGAAAGAUACAGCCUAAGUGCUCCAUUUCAAACCAAAAGAAUGGAGAAUUUAGAGAACCAGCAGCUGAUUUACCAAUCACAAGGAGCUCAAAUUCAAGAUCUGAAACAAGAGAACUCUGAAGACUCUAGCUAUGCCUUGAGCUCCAAUUCAUGGAGUCAGACUGUAACAGUUUCUCCUGAUACUUCAAGUUUCAGCAGCAAUAUGUUGAAUUUCACUGGCAAGAAGGCAGAGAAAAAACAUCAACUUUCAGAUCCACCAUCCGAGAGCAACAGCACAGUAAAUGGAGGAGCUUUGAAGAAGGCUAGGAUUCAAGGGUCCUCGUUAUCACAGCCAAGUACCUUAAAGGUU